UGAGGUCGCGAGACCACCUUGGACUCGCAGCAAUCGCAGCGCGAUGGCUCGGCAACUGGCCCUGCUCUGCCUGCUGGCGGCUGUGGUCGCGGCCGACGUGAAGCAGGCCGUUGUGGAGCCGGUGGACGCGAAGCAGGCCGUCGUGGAGCCGGUGGACGCGAAGCAGGCCGUCGUGGACGUGAAGCGGGCCCUGGAGGCGGCCCAGGCGCGCGUCCAGGACCAGGCUCCCGUCGUGCGGUACGACAACCACAUCGUCGCCAAGGUGGUCCCCAGCACGCAGCAGCAGCUGGACGACCUGCACGCUUUCUUUAGAGUCAACGGCGAGAUCGACGUCUGGAAAGCGCCGACGAAGGUCGGCCGGGAGGUGCACUUCCUGGCCUCGCCCGACGAGUACCGCUGGGUCACCAGCGCCCUGGGUGAGAAGGGCCUCAAGCCCGAGGUGAUCGUCAGCGACGUGCAGAGAAUCAUCGACAACCAGACGGCUUCCAUCACGCGGGCCGGAGACGUUUUCGGCUGGGAAAACUACCACCGACUCUCCUCGAUGUACAGCUGGAUGCAGUCCCUCGUCUCCCACUUCCCCGGGGUGGCGAGCCUCGUCGACGGCGGCCUGUCGCACGAGGGCCGCCACAUGCUCGGGGUGCGCGUCGCCCACGCCGAGGGGCUGCCCAUCGUCUUCCUGGAGGCCGGCAUCCACGCCCGCGAGUGGAUCGGCCCCGCCACGGCCACGUACAUCCUUCACCAGCUGCUGAUGAGCGCCGACCCGCGGGUGCAGCGCGUGGCGCGCAGCUUCGAGUGGCACGUGUUCCCCAGCGUCAACCCGGACGCCUACGAGUACUCCCACACCACGGAACGACUGUGGCGCAAGUCCCGGAGGCGCUUCUCCUUCGGGUGCUUCGGCGCCGACCUCAACCGCAACUUCCCGUACAACUGGGGCACCGCCGGGGUGUCGUGGAACGCGUGCUCGGACAUCUUCCCGGGGAGCGGCGCCGCGUCCGAGGUGGAGACGCGCUACCGCAUCAAGUACAUGGAGCCCCUGCUGCCCCGCAUGAAGGCCUUCAUCGCCCUGCACAGCUACGGCCAGCUUCUCAUAUUCCCGUGGGGCGACACCACCUCCAAGGCCGCCAACUUCGACGCCCUGGCUGAAGUGGGGACCAAAGCAGCCGAAGCCUACAGCAGCCGCUACGGGACCGACGUGACGCUGGGCAACUUGGCCACCGUCCUGUACCCGGCGUCGGGGAGCUCCAUGGACUGGGCGUACAGCCAGGGAGUGCCCUUCGCCUUCACCUACGAGUUGCGCCCCGGCCACCAGUCUGUGGAUCCACGCACUGGCGUGGGCUUCCUGCUGCCGGCCGACCUCAUUCUCCCAGCCGCAGAGGAGACGACGGACAGCGUGGUCGCCAUGCUCAACGCCAUCCUGGACAAGUGGUGACAGCGCACUUCGCGCACUCCAACGACAGACGGCUCGCGGGCAUUCCCCUCCAAACUUCCAAGUGCAGUGUAAAAAUGAGUCAAUGCCGAAACCCGGGAUCGAACCGGGGACAUUUAGAUCUUCAGUCUAACGCUCUCCCAACUGAGCUAUUUCGGCCGACGUUGGCAUUGAUAGGGUCAGGUAGAGUCCGGUCGGGAUCGGCGCGAAGCGCGACGCGCAAAAUGCUUCGAGUGCGAGAGAGAUGAGUGCAAGCUCGGCAAGCGAGCGGUGGGAGCAUUGACCUCCCCCUCCAAGCGGAGCGGGGCCGCGGAGCCUUCCCCCGCUCCAAGUAGUCGCGCACGGUCUGCCAGUUCCUCACCGAAGCAUCGGUGGUUCAGUGGUAGAAUGCUCGCCUGCCACGCGGGCGGCCCGGGUUCGAUUCCCGGCCGAUGCAAUCUUUUUCCUGUAGUGAUUUUAUUUUACCACCAGUGAUUGGAAGCAGGGGCAUAGCG